AGCGGCGGGGGAAGGAAAAUGAAAACGGCCAUGUCGUGGUAGAAAUCAGUUGUGAGACGAGCGAGUGUGGUUCACCGUGUAGCGUACUAAUUCAUGUUAUGUAGCCUUGAAACUGCAGCUCUGAAUAUAAAACAUCCGACUUCUCAUUUGACAGAAAACAUAUUCCGUGGAAGUAAGUGCAUUUUCAAAAUCAGAGGACAAACAUGAGCGGAGGAGGGACGCCAUACAUUGGCAGCAAAAUUAGCCUCAUCUCCAAGGCCGAGAUCCGCUAUGAAGGAAUUUUGUACACCAUUGACACUGAAAACUCGACAGUAGCACUUGCUAAAGUUCGCUCUUUUGGCACUGAAGAUCGGCCCACUGACAGGCCAAUACCACCUCGAGAGGAAGUGUUUGAGUACAUUAUCUUCCGAGGGAGUGAUAUAAAAGACCUAACAGUUUGCGAGCCACCCAAAGCCACUAGUUCCCUGCCCCAGGACCCUGCCAUAGUUCAAUCAUCAAUUGGAUCCUCAAAUGCUGCACCACCGCCAUCAUUCCAGGCUCCUGGGUCCUAUGCACCUUUCAGCAGGGCCCCUGUCCCAUCUUACAGCCAGUUUGGUGCUACAGCUCUUGGAGCGCAGCAGUUUGGAUCUGCUGGAGCAGCAGGACGCACUAGUCCCCGGCUGGACUCUUUAACAAAAAGUUCCUCACUGGAGCAGGCAGUGCAGGCUCCACCGUCAGCUGCCCCAGCUCCACCUGCACCUGUAGGACAGAGGAGUCAGUCCGGGGUGGCAGCUGCCAGACCCACCAGCACCACUACUGGCAGUCAAAAGCCCCCCGACCUCCUGGAGCAGAGAAAAGCUCCUGAGGUUCAGAAAGCAUCACAGCCAGAUAAUGAACAGGGUGCUCUUGAAAACCGAGAUCCCAACAAGCGCCACAUUGGUUUUUCCUCUGAUUUCUCAGCUGGUCUUCAGUCCACCCGCCGCGGCCGUGGAAGAGGAAACCGCAGCAGAGGCAAAGUAAAUGUGCGCAGGGAUGGUACCAUGAAGUUUGAUGAAGACUUUGACUUUGAGACUGCCAACGCCCAGUUCCACAAAGAUGAGAUUGACAAAGAGCUACAAAAUAAGCUUAAACUGAAAGAUGACAAACCAGACAAGGCACUGAAUGGAGAGGAAACGGCUGACUCAGAGCAUCCAGCCAGUGAGGGAGCUGCUGAGGAGGAGGAGGCUGUGAUAAACACAUGUUACUACGACAAGUCCAAGUCCUUCUUUGAUAACCUCUCCUGUGAUGACGCAAGUAAAGCGGGUGAAAGAGGAUUUUCAAGGGAGCGAAGGCCAACCUGGGCAGAGGAAAGACGAAUGAAUGCAGAGACAUUCGGCAUCCCUCUGAGGCACAAUCGUGGAAGAGGAGGUUUCCGUGGCCGGGGCUUCAUGGGACCUCGUGGAGGCCGAGGGCGACCAUCCAGCAGGGGUUCCUUUGGACCACCCCGAGGUGCUCCACCUGGUUUCAGGGGGGGUUUCAGAGGUGGCAGAGGAGGCCGGGAUUUCUCUGAUUUUGAAUACAGGAAGGAUAACAAGGUGGCUGCAUAGUACAACAGCGAUGGAUCCACAAAGAAUUGUAGCCACUCGUCAUGAAAUUGCCGUUGAAGAAGUUUUCUUUGGUCUCAGCAUUUGACAGAAAGAAUGAAGACAUCCUGUCAGUCACCAGCACCGCAGUGGACUGUUGGACAUCAGGGGGUGAGAGUGCUGCUCCCUCUCUCCACUUAGAGAUUUAGUUUUUGUUUAUGUUUUUUUUCCCCAAAAGUUUUGUUUGAUCACCCAAUGGACAAGACCUACAUGUAAAUUCAAUGCUUUGGAGUAACACUCUACUUUUGCAUCAGUCAUUUCUUACUGCAGUUGUCUUUGAUAUUGAAAUGCAGAGAGCCCUGUGAUACUGUGAGUGGAUCACAGUCAAAGUGAUCGAUAGCUUUAUUUUUUGUUUGUUUUUUCAGUUUCAGUUUUUUGAUAUAAUAAUAAUUGUCAGCACCAAACUUUACAGCAUUGCCUGUUGCACCAUAUUUUCUCUGCUCACAUUCAGUUUGGUGCCAUGUGUUCAGUAUUUUUUCUCUGUUAGCAUUAAAAGUUCCUUUUUUAGCAUCCAUUCAUACUCAAUGAGGUUGUGAGAUCAAAGCCAGCUGAAAGAAGCAAAAAUCUGAACUUAAUAUUGUAAUGAAUAAAUGUAUAUCCAGCUUAUGUUAUUCUUACUGCCCCCCCCCCCAAGCAAAUUAUUGCUGACUAAACAGAUUCAGUUCUAGUUUUUAGACGUGUAUUCAGUAUUUAGGAUGGUUAGAUCACACUCAGUACACAAACCUCGCCCAUCAGAUGAAUUUUGUUUCUGCUUUUGGAUUGUAGUUUGACUUCUGCUGGCCAGUUAAUGAUGGCAACCUAAUGCCGGCAGCCUAUAGGAGCCAGUCGCUUGCUUGAUAUAUGUGGUUUACAGCAUUAGCUUUAGAUAUCUUUGUUGACAGCAUUUAUUGUUUUUGAGCAGGCAUGUUUACAUAGUUGACGAAACAAAACAGCAUUUCCAUGAUUUGUGUCUGUGAAAGAACAUCUAUUAUUAGUGACGUCUGUAGAAGCUGUUAGGAAAUAAAACCCAAACAAGUUAGAUUAAACUAAAAAUGCUCUGCUAUUUUGCCAAAAAGAGUAUGUGAGUGUUUGAGCUUAAGUAACUGUCAGCCGUGACUGUGUUUUACCAUUUCAGUACCUCUUAAAUAUACCUUUCUGAGUCGCAAACAUACUGAGCCGUCUAAAGCACAUUCAUUUCUUUUUUUUAGAAUCGGCAUUCUUUGCAUUGUCUGACAGUUGUUUCAUUUACAUUUUUACAGUGGAGAAAAAAGUGUUUCUGCAAAAUUCAAUAAUUUCAAUGUUGCAAGGAUUGUUUACUGAAACUGGGAAAUCUUGUAAAUGGAUUAAAUGAUGUCUCAAACAUAUGUUCAUACAAACGGCAGCAUUUCUGAUAGAUGUCAGCCCUCUGGCUUGUUUGUUGCUCCUCUUGUUGCAUUGUCGUCAAUGUGAUUGUUCUCUGGAGUAAUUUUUUUUUUUUUUUUUUUUUAACCGAUUUGUGAACAAAGGGACAAGAACUGGAUGUGGUGCCAGUACAUUUGGGAGAGAUGGAAUAUUUUUUUUGUUUCUUUCUGGCUCCGAUUUAUUAGUGCUUCAGGGAGUGCCUUCAGAGUGGUGAAUUUUUUUACAGCUCUCCCUUUAACUUCAACGUUACAUUUUGACAAAAGUAUUGAUAGCACUACAAGGUGAAAGUAGAUCCUUUUCUGUAGCUGCGGUUGUUUAGAACAGAGCAGCCCAGUGGAAAACAUGCUGUCUAACCAGAUAAUGCACAGACAGCUGAUCACUGCAUGAUAGCCUUAGGAACCAUCACUUUAUAUGGGCUUUCGCAAUACACAGCGAGAUUCAAUUUGAGACAAAGUAUUACUGAAUUAUUCAAAACUGACAUGUUUUCAUAUGUUUGCUACUCCUUCCAGUCACUGGAAUUGUAAACCAGGAAUAGUUUUCUUGAGAAUAUCAGCAAAAUUGAGUUUUUACGUAAAAUAAAGAGUUGUACAAUU